AUGAGCGCCAUUGGAUCCGAUCCCCGCGUGCACUUGCGUCGCGCGAUCAUACCGCUACUCCCUCAGCUAUCAGAGGAUGUCACAAACACCGCACACCUCCCUAACCGCUUGGUCAACCGCGGCGGAUAUCUGUUCGAGACCGAGGACCCCAAAGAGGGCUUCCAACUCAGCAAGCCCGACGAAGAUGUGGAGCUUCCAGAUCUCGAAGACGUACAAGGCGAUGUCAUUUACUUGUUUCCGAAGAAAGCUGAGGACUUCGUUUUCUUUCGCAUCGCCAACGUCACAGCGUUCAAGGAUGCCCUCGGUCGCUUCCAACCUUCAAGUUCGUUGGACGUGGCUCAGUUUGUGAUGAAAUUGGCCAAGAAGAAGGGGAAAGCUGGGCCGUUUCGUAACAUUCCUUUCAUCACGAAAUACGAUUAUCAGAUCGCUUUCUCUCGUAUGGGCUUGUACAGGCUUGGUGUCAAGGGCGACAUCGGUGACACGCGCUUUGACACAUACGCCAUGCGCGACAACAAGAUCUUCUUGGAUGAUCAGAGUGACUGGGACGAGAUUUUCGACAAAUGUCACCCUGAUCCUGUCAAUGGCUCUGUGAACGACGAUGAAGGGGCGCUUCAUGGCGUCAUUACCGUCGCUGCAAGUGACGACCUCACCUGUACUGAGGCUACCGAUGCAGUGAAAAGGCGAUUCGGCUCUUCUAUCGAGAUCGGCGACGGCGGUGUCGUUCGAGGCAGGGCCCGCCCUCGUGAGAAUAACGGCCACGAACACUUCGGGUACAAAGAUGGCAUCUCGCAACCUGCCCUUAGACAUCUCACGAUCCCGAAGCCCGGUCAAAUUCAAGUCAACCCAGGCGUCAUCGUCAUGGGCUACAAAGGCGACCCGGUCGUCGACGACCCAAACACCGCUGCCUCGCGGCCACCCUGGGCGAAGGGCGGGACCAUGAUGGUGUUCCGUAAGCUCGAGCAAGACGUACCGGAGUUCCACACAUGGAAGAAGCAAGUCGGUGUUCGCUGGCGCGAGUUCGCCCCGCCCAAAUGCCCAACCUUGACUGACGACCAAGGCGCGGACUUGUGGGGCGCGAGAAUGAUUGGACGGUGGCAAUCGGGCGCGCCGCUCGCGUUAUGCCCAUACAUGGAUGACCCAAAGCUUGCUGGUGACGAUCAGAGGAACAAUGACUUCGACUACCACGUCAAAGACGUCUCUGUAGUGUCGCCGAAGAAGUUGAGCGAUUACUACUGUCCUUACACAGCGCAUACUCGCAAGACCGUCCCUCGCAAUCUCGACCCAUAUAUCCAGCGUCGCUAUCUUGAAGCGGGCAUGAUUGUCCGCGCGGGUCUGCCUUACGGCGACGAGGUCACAGAUGAAGAAGCUCAAUCGGGGGUGUCUGACCGCGCACACAAGCGCGGUUUGCUCUUCGUGUGCUACCAGUCCAGCUUGGACGACGGUUUUGUCCGUCAAUCAGUCGAGUACGCGGGUAACCUCUACUUUCCGACCACAUCGCUGAUCCCUGAGUAUCACGGUACCGAUCCUAUCAUAGGUAGCAAUCCUCCGAAGGGUUCUGUUCCCGACCCAAGGGAAGUAGCCUUCGUCGAGCCACCCGGGGCAGAGCCCCAACCGGGCGACGAGAUAAACCUCGUUGUCAAGUGGAACGAGGACAAGAUCUCGGUCUCGGGCUCUGCUCGGGUUCAGAAGGCCGGUGCCGCCGAUCCCCCAGGCGUGCCGCAACAAUUCUUCGUCACGUCGCGCGGAGGCGAAUACUUCUUCGUUCCGCCUAUCUCGACUCUCAAGGCUUGGGCUGCAGGUAACGUGUGA